UCAUUCAUUUAACGUUCAUCCCAUUGUAAACAAAACACUCAAAAUAAGUCAAAAUUCGAGCUGGUGAUGGGCGAACCCAUAUCGGGUCGCUGUGCCCGCUGUCUGUACAACAGCCUCCUCCUGUGUACGGCACUGAGGGUUGUACAGCACCUGAAGCCAGAGGAGUACCCAUUUGCCUAUGCGGCCGGUGCGGUGGGCGUUGCGGUCGCAGGUCUCGGCCUGCUACGUGUGAUCUUUGCCAGCGGCCAGCCAACCGAGUGCAGACGGCUGCGCGACAUCAGCCAUGGGUUCCUGGAGCUGGCUCCCCUACCGCUGGUCAAUAUGGAUCUGUAUAUGCAAUCCACGGGAAUGAUGAGUGCCGUUACCCUGGGCCAUGCCUGCUUUGUGCUGCCCCUGAGCUUCGAUCUGUGCUGUUCCCUUUUCAAGGGUCGCCACGAUUGCGACACGGGCGAUAGUCUGCGUAAUCUCACGAUACUGGGGAACAUUGUGUCACUGGGUUUUCUUGGAAUGAUGGAGCGCAACUUCUUCUAUAUCCGCAUGAUGCUUGUGAUGAUUGCGGUGCGUUAUGGUGGGGUGCUGAUGGACAGCAUGCAGGAGGACGCUGGCGAGGAUAUGCAGGUAUGCGGCACGGCGCUGUUCUUUCACCUGCUCGGCAAGGCCCUCGAGGCGAAGUGAGUCCUUGGGGUUAACUAUGCUCAAGACUUGCGGUCGCCUCGUGCUACGCUUCAAGGGUUUCUGCAUUUAAUUUUCCAUGAAUUUGACUUUGGCCCUUUUUCUACUGUAUUAAAUAUCAUUUGUCGGCUUUUAAA